AUGGCUCGAGGCAGAGGUCGAGGUAGCGGAGGUCGUGUAGGAAAGUCCUCAUUAAGGUGUGAUUCUACUGGUCGUGCAAACAUGCCUACCAUUCCCAUUCCCACCACAAUUAGUCCUCAACAAGGUGGUACGAGUUUCAUAGGUGGGCCAGAUCCUAUAAACCAAGUUCAAACUUUACGUACGCCACCGGUUCAAGCCUCAGAUAUCGCUCGAGAAAAAGGUCGAGGUAGUCCUCAACAAGGUGGUACGAGUUCCAUAGGUGGGCCAGAUUCUAUAAACCAUGUUCAAACUUUAGGUACGCCACCGGUUCAAGCGUCAGAUCACGGUAGUAACCCAACCAUCCCUGAAUUAUCUCCCAUUACACCUGAUCUGAGCGGCCCAGUAGAUGAGGGUACAUCAAACCAGAGCAACACUGUCAGUGAAGAAGAGUCCAGUAGUCGUCGUAGGCAGCGGACACUUACACUUGUUACUCUUACUCCUGCAGGGUUGGAACCUUCUAAAGAAUGCUCUAAUAUCAUAUCCGCAUCUUUCAAAAAUCAACUUGAUCCCAAUGGAAUCAAUUGGAAAGGUGUCUCAGAAGAUACUAGAAAUUUUUAUUUUGGGGAAUUCAAGAAGACAUACCAUUGGGACUCUUCGAUUCCUGAGAGUGUAAUAAAAAAACAUUGGAAUACUAAGGCAGCAACAAAGUAUAGGAAUUUCAUUAGCAAAAUUAAACAAAAAAGGAUUAAGCCGGAUUAUGUGUCUGAUAAUGUGUGGGAACGCUGGUUGCAACUUUGGGCGGAUCCUAAGUGUGUCGAAAAGUCGGAGAUAAAUGCAAAGAAUCGUUGUGGAGGGAAAGAAGUUGCUGCCGGGACUCACACGGGUGGCUCUAUCUGCAUUGGGGAGCAUCGCAAGAGACUUGCUGUUACAAAGGGUCGAGAUCCAACACCAGGUGAGGUACAUUUGCAUGUCCAUACACAUGAUCAUGAUGGAGAAUCUUUUGUUGAUGAGCGUGCCCGAGCUGUCCAUGAAAGAUAUCAAGAAAUAUUACGGGAAAAAUCACAGUCUCAGUCUGAUAUUGAUCAAUGUGAAGCAUAUUACGAAGCUGUUGGGGGAACAAGGAAGAGAAGAAUAUAUGGUCUUGGAUCUCAAGCACAAAGUUAUUAUGGGCCGAAUCUUUGCGUCAAUUUUUCCUUUAAUGCUUCAGCAUCAGCAGCACCUUCAACUUCUCAAUCAGCACCUACAGAAAAUAUGGAGGAGUUAGUGAUGCGAUUGAUUCCUACACUGACUGAUCGCUUGCUUCCUUUAUUUAUUGAGAAGGCACGCAGAGUGAUUUCUUCACCAUCACAUCAUCCAAAUACUCCUGUCGACAAACCAUCAGUUGUGACACCCAUAGUGCCUCCUCCUACUACUGCCAACGAUGACGAUGUUGAUCCUUUAGAUUCUGAUGGUGAUCGUAGUCCUUCACCCAUGCAUUAG